AUGCAUAACUUAGCGAAGACAGCCUCCGUAGGUAUUGAGACGCUCACCCGUAGCAGCGGGGCCCCUCAUCUGCGCCUCAUCAAGGGGACUUCGCCGCAAUACCCGAAAUUGCAGCUCGGGGAGGAAGCCCUGAAGGUCCAGAGGGGGUAUCCUGGCUUUUUAUUUGUCCGUCGUAGACAUCACGCGGGUCCUCGCCGCUGUCCGACCCUGGUGACCCUCACGCUGCUGGCGAUUGUUGCAGCAGCUUACUUGGUGUUGCGCUGCAGACCUCACAAAGAGAUCCAGAAUGGCGUUGGAAACGCCACAAGAUCACUUGCAGCUGCUGACAGGGCACAGGGAGAACUUGCAGGAAUUUGUCAAGGUGGGGGAAGUGGCGAGUUCACCAAUGAUGGUGCUCAAGACGCAGCUCUUGAUGAGGAGGAGGUCCUCGAGCGCGCCUUGCUUUUCACGACUAGUUUGAAGAAAUUCUUUGAAGAGUUUAUGGUAACUCUGCAAAAACUGUCCACUGCAAUGCGCAGGGAAGGAAUGAGUAUCAUUUUGGGUUUGGCUGUCGUGGAGCUAUCUGCCCAGGCAACCUUGCUCAAAGUUGAACAGAGGCAUGGAAUACAAGUUGUGCUAGAUACCACAGAUUUGUUAUACGACACCUUGCGCCGAACCUUUACAAAGAAGGACAUAUCCCUUUGCGGCUUGCGGCACCUUCGGCAGUUGCGGCUCUUCUUAGAUGCACUUCCAGGCAUUAAGUGGGCCGGAAGGCAAAUUUCUUCAGCUGGAUCGCUCAGGAAGCUGGUUAAACUCCUUGAGCUACAGGAAAUUGCUCUGAAGCAAAUGCUGGAAGGUUUGAAGCAAUUGGCUAUCCUUCAAGCUGCAUUCGAGGGGUUCGUUCCAGAUAAAUUAGCCGACGUAGUCUUGCAAGAGAUGCGGCAGACAUUGAUCGUUCGUAGAUUUCAAUUGCUUCGAGACCCUGAAUUGAAUAGCUUCUUGCGGGAGCAACACACAGAACGGGUGCGUUUCGGACUCUGUGCCUUCUGGCAAAUCCAAAGGGCUCUUUCGCGUCCUCUGGAACAACAUCAUGAGCUAGUGGCCGAGCUCGCAAACACACCUCUUGGUUUGCGUUUAAGUGAAGAGCAGGGCGAGUCUUCGGGCGCCCUGCCAGGAAAGCUAGAGAGUCUUUCUCUAGAGAACAGGGGAGAGCCUGCAAUAGAGUCUGCAGACUCUGCGAUUUUGUUGAAGGCUUCAUAUGACUUAGGAACUGAGGACGAUUCCCUUGAGUCAAAUGAGGUUUAUGAUGAUUCGGAUGACUUAGGAGCUGAGGACAAUUUCCCGAAGGCAAAUGAGCUUUCUGAUGAGACAUAUGGCUUUCAAACUGAGGAGGAAUCCCCGAAGACAGAUGAGCUUUCUGAUUGUUCAGAUGGCUUUGGAGCUGAGGCCGAUUCCCUAAGGGCAGAUAAUUUUUCUUAUGAGGCACUUCGAUUUGGAGCUGAGGCCUGUUACCCGAAGGUAGAUCAGCUUGCUAAAGAGGCAUAUGGCUUUGGAGCUGUGGAAGCUUACCGGAAGGCAGAUAAUCUUUCUCAUAGGGCUUAUGGGUUUGGAGCUGAGGCCUAUUACCCGAAGGCAAAUAAUCUUUCUCAUAUGGCUUAUGGGUUUGGAGCUGAGGCCUCUUACCCACAGGCAGAGAUUCCCUCUCAUGAGGCAUAUGGCUCAGGAGCUGAGACCAAUUACCCGAAGGCACAUGGCUUACGAGCUGAGACCAAUAACCUGAAGGCAAAUAAUCUUUCUCAUGAGGCUUAUGGGUUUGGAGCUGAGGCCUAUUACCCGAAGGCAGAUACUCUCUCUCAUGAGGCAUAUGGCUUUGGAGCUCCGGACGAUUACCCGGAGGCCGAUGAGCUUGCUAAUGAUGCAUAUGGCUUUGGCCUGGAGGAAAACUUCCUGACGGCAGGUCAGUUUGGUAAUGAGGCUCAUAAUGAGCGUUUAUAUGCAGGCUUGGGACAGGCUGCAGUGCCACCAGUGGCUUACAAUUCCCUCGCGGCCUCUGGAAUCCCUCUUGCGGAUGACUCCGCACAUCGGAUGCCAGAGGAGCCUGAGGCUCAAAGUGACUAUGUGGAAACUGCGCCCGUCUCGCUUCCGCAGCGACCUGCAUUUUCCGUUCCUGCAGAGGCAUUUAAGCAAUUCAGAGCUACUGUAUCCUUGCAGCAAACUGUUUCCCGACGAGCAGCUCUGCCACAGAGCGCUUCUUCGCUGUCAAGCCCCUAUGGACUUCCCAGAUACGCCAGGCCCUUCGCAGCGCCUGGUGCGGCCGAAUUUUCUGACAAGUCUUUCGUCUUUGGACAAUCUGGAAGCCCUGAAAGAACUUGGUUUGUUAGGGCUCCAGCCCCCGGUGAGCCUUCCAUGGCUUGGGGGGCGGCGCAGUACACUUCGAGGCUUCCCAGUUACCCUCCGACUCAGUACCCCGUAAUACAACUGCCGCUAGGUCCGCAGUAUUCUUUCCCGCGAGCGGAUUCCACGAUGCAAUAUCGCUUCCAGCCAAGGCAGCAGCAGCCUUUCCCUGGCCAGCACCUCAUGCACAUGACGGGGGCUGGAAGUCAUUUGCCACAUGUUCCAUCUGGCAGACCGCCGAGACCAGAGGCGGCUGCAGUCACUUAUGGUUUAUUUAGGGCUCCUGUGCAUCCGGUGAGGCACCCAAUGCAGGCCGCACGAACUCCAGCACUCGCACAUGAGGCUCAUUCCCCUUUUGAGACUUUAGGAGGAGCUGCGGAGUCAAGACAAGCACGUACGGCUGCUGUUGGGCUGUGGGAAAGAGCCCCUGGGCCUCGCGAGCCGAAGAGAACCUUCCAUGGGGUGCCGCUAGGAGAACCCGUACCCAAGGAUCGAUUCAACUAG